GUGGCAAUAUGUUUUCCGUGUUCUUUUUCGGUGCACGAUUAUCCAAGUACGAACGUAAGUAAACAAAACAAAGGGCUUAGUAUAUUUUUAUAAGCGAACUUGAAUUAAUACGUGCUUUAGUGGUGAGAUCUUGUCCCAAGCCACAAGAGAAGAGAUGAAAGAGGAAAAUGGUGGUUUCGGGUGCAAAAUCGACAUGCUUACUCAUGGAAAGGAUGGAGAAGAGAACCGUGUUGAAUUGGCGUCAAACGAACACAAGAAAGCAAACGCUGAGUAUGAUCUCAUGUUCGAGCAACAAUCAAAAAACAUCUUGUCGAAUAUUUGUAUACUAUCACAACUGAAAAAAAGAUUUGGGGUGGAUAUAAGCGGUUCCAGCACUGUCACACCUCUGGCAAUGGAUGUAAUGGGGCUUCGUGGCUAUUUAUAUGGUGUCUAUAAGCAUGAAGAUGUCUUUGUUGCUGCCAAGAAAUCCGACAAACACAUUGUACUACCAACGACGCUUGCUGAAUUUGAAGAGUUUUCUGAUAAUGGCAGCAUCUUUCUAUUAUUGAAUUACAUGUACUACAUCGUCUCAGCAGCUGAAGAAAUAUUGCAAAAUGCUGAUAACCAAACGAAAAGAAGAUUCGAAGCAAUAGUGAAUGAUGAAUAUCCAGUUGACGACGCUCCUAAACUUCAUUUCACAUAUCCCAACAAAAAAAGACACUCUACUUAAUACCAUCCCCUCUUAUCAUCACUGUACAUAAAAUUCUAUUACAUACGUUA